AUGAACCCCGUUUAUAAGGGACCACAGCCAAUUCCAGCCUCUACAGCUUCACGCUCGAAACUAGAUACAUUCCGAUACAAAAAUGAUAACGAUAAUGGUUCUGGAAUACCGACCAUGAAGACCUCCCCGCAAAAGGGCCAUACAAACAAAGAAAACCAGACAUCCUGGUUAAAUGGGGUGGUGGAACGAGAAGAGUCGAAGCAGAAUGGACAGCAGCAAUCACAAGGGAUUGCGGAGAGUAAACCCAUCAAAGAUUGCCCGCAAACACCUGGUAAUAGGCUGCCUUUGGCAGACCUUAUUGGCAAUGCAGAAGAUGCCUUUAGCCGGGCACCUGUAGGACAAGAAUUUACACCAGAAGACUAUGUUAUUUGGCAACAUGCUCCUCCUAGCUCGAAUCCAAGCACCCAAACACCCGCAACGCAAAGCAAAAAGCGUCGUCAUAGCGAGUCUCCGAGCAGCUCCCCGUUAGCCAGUUCUAAAGGUGCCCGAAAGGGAUCUUUUGACAUGCAGUCUUUCCAGGCUCUGCUCAAGACGCCACAGAACGACCUCGCGGCAGAUCUUUGGAAUAAUUAUGUCGCCAAAACAGGUACACACGUUCCAGAUCUUCAACAGCCUCGCUUUGCGAAUCUUCUAUCGUCCUCUCCACAUACACCCGGAUCGGCCAGGACAGGCCAAGACUCUUCAGGGUUGAGACGAUCAAUCAGCUGCAAUGCCGAGUGGCCUAGCUCUACGACAAAGAGGAGGAAAGUAGAAGAAGCAAGUCUCCCAACAACAAAAGGCCGGACCAUAUUUUCACGAUCGAGAAGCAACAUAAUGGUCCCAAAGGAUCUCAAAGCCUCCAACUUUAGCUCGCUGGUCAAAGAGAUGGAAAGGAGUCUUAAAAAGCCCCCUUCCAAGCAAGCGGAACCCCCGAAGACCAAUCCAACGACAAUACACAACAAGGUACGUCGAAAUCGAUCAGCAUCACCAUUGGAAACAAAAAUCGCCAAACCCACUGCUUGGGGGGGCAGCAUUGAUGAGGAUAUGGUUGAUGCCCCCGACGCUCCUACAAACAAGAAGCCUUUGCAGGAAUCAUCAUCUGAUUUCGGUGGCGAUGACCUGGACGAUGAGUUCCUUGGAUUAGCAGAAGCUUCGAUUGAUCCCUUCGUGGAGUCCACCGGGAUAGUGUGCACGAAAGGAGUGCUUGGUACAAAAUAUGGACAAGGCUUAUCUUCAGAAAGGGACGAUCAAUUUUCUGACAAAAAUGAUGAUGAUUUACGCACGCGGCCAGAUAAGGAAGCAUCACACAACACAGACUAUGGAUUUGAUGUUGAUGAGUUUGACGAUGAUUUUGAAGGAUUCGGGGAUAACAUCGAUGAAAUCCUCGCGGGUUGUGAUCAAACCCCGAGCUACAAGGGCCCCAGCGCCAUUCAACAACAAUCUCCAGUAUCAAAGCAUCCGCUCCCGCACAAACGUACGGAAAGCCCGGUUGCAAUUGCAAAUGGUCUGCAAAACGAAACGAAAGAACAGUUUACAACUUUCAGCGAUGAAUUUGACAACGAUGAGUUUGACAUGGACUGCUUUGAUCAGCCCGUCCCACAAGGUGAAGACAGUCCAGAUGAUAACUAUAGAAGUCGCAAAGCUAUCAAGCGUUACUUGAUCGUGGAUGUUGCUGAUUCUACCUAUACUACUCCGAAAGGGCGUCUACAGCCAGAGAAGGUCCUGGCAGUACAGGAUGAAACCAACAAACGUAAGAAGGUCAUCGUGCUUCGGGACUCCUGGUUCGAUAGCCCGUGCGAUAAAGAAUCCUACAUACACUUGAUCGGCGAAUUUGAUGCAAUGGGUCAUUGCAUUGUCACUGACGCUCAAAAUAUGAUUAUAAUUCACCCUGACCACCUUAUAUCCGCAACAGUCAUAGCAGACUCGAUCAGUUGCCAACGACGAGCAGUACUACAGGAUCGCAUCAAACGAACAUCUGAUAUUGGCAAGCCACAAGUAUUCGGCAACAUAUUUCACGAGGUUUUCCAGGAGGCUAUGAAAUUGAAUCAAUGGGAUACGGCAUCCAUGCGGGCAUUGAUUGAAGAUGUUGCAGUCAAACACGUGGAAGAACUAUAUCUGAUUCACAUGAGCCUCAAUGAAGCUGUUGACCAUGUGAUGGCCAGGAUUCCCGGCAUACAAAACUGGGCAGACGCCUUCCUUCGACCAGAGCCAGGGGCACAUUCAUUCGUGGAGGACAGGAACAGUUCGAAACUGAAAUUAAGUGUCAACAAACUCCUGGAGGUGGAGGAGCACAUCUGGUCACCGAUGUAUGGGCUCAAAGGCAAUAUCGAUGCCACUGUUCAAAUUACCUGCAACGAGGGAGAGGGAGACAAAAACUUGAUUGUGCCCCUCGAGCUUAAAACCGGCAAUAAAGAGACGAACCAGGCUCAUCGAGCUCAAACUGCGUUGUACACCUUGUUACUUUCUGAUCGUUACGACGUGGAGGUUACGUUUGGCCUUCUAUAUUACCUGGAAACGUCAAAAAUCAUGCGAAUUCGAGGCAUACGGCACGAGCUCUUGCAUAUGGUACAGGAACGCAAUCGUGUUGCCGGGUAUGUGCGGCAGAGAUCACAUCUGCCCCCGAUGAUCAAGAGGCCUUCGAUGUGCAAUAGAUGCUAUUCGAAGACGGCUUGUUUCAUUUACCACAAACUUGUCGACGAUGGAGACGGCGAGACUAGCGGCCUUGGUGACGAGUUUGUGAAAGCAAUGGAGCAUUUGAAUCCAUCGCACCGCGACUUCUUCCGGAAAUGGGAUGACCUCCUUACGAAGGAAGAAGUGAGUAUGAUGAGGUUCAAGAGAGAACUGUGGACACUGCUCAGUCAUGAACGAGAAGCGCUUGGACGGUGUUUUGGCAAUAUCGUGAUUGAGCCUGGAACAACUUGCGAAGACAAGGACGGAACGAAAAUCAAUCGAUACCGCUAUACCUUCAUUAAAAAGCAACAGUCACCAUCGUUCUCGUUCACCGAAUCCCAGAUAACUGUUGGAGAGCCCAUUGUUAUUUCGGAUGAAAAGGGUCACUUCGCGCUGGCCAAUGGAUAUGUUGUGCAGGUCAGCCCCCGGCGCAUCACCGUCGCAGUAGACCGAAGGCUCCACAGUGCUAGAACAAGGUCAAAUGGUUUCGAUGCUACAACGAACCAGUCAUUCCGAGGCAUCAUGGAAAUCACGGACGGCAACGCUCCUUCUACCGCAUCCCCAAUAGAACCGGGAGAGGAGACGCUCUAUCGAUUGGAUAAGGAUGAAUUCAGCAAUGGCAUGGCUAUUGUCCGAAGCAACCUCAUCGCUAUGAUGGAGAAAGAUCUGUUUCAAGCCGGCCAGCUAAGAAGACUAAUCGUUGAAGGAGCGCCGCCUGCGUUUAAAGACAAGGUGCCUCGGUUGGCCGGUUUGGACAAAGCAGGCCUAAAUGUUGACCAAAAGCAAGCAAUAAACAGGGUUAUGAGCGCGCAGGACUAUGCCCUGGUCCUAGGGAUGCCGGGAACUGGCAAAACAACGACUAUUGCCCACAUCCUUCGAGCUCUGGUUGCUCAGGGGAAAAGUGUCCUCCUAACUUCUUAUACGCAUACUGCAGUCGACAACAUCUUGCUGAAGAUUCGAGAUGACAAUAUGCGCAUUCUCCGUAUUGGAGCGGCCACCAAAAUACAUCCGGAUGUUCAACAGUUCGCUCACCUCGCAGCUGCGCCCAAGAAGACUAUUGAGGAACUGAAGGCCACAUACGAAGACUCACAAGUAGUUGCUACUACUUGCCUUGGGAUUGGCCACAACAUAUUCAAUCAGCGCGUCUUCGACUACUGUAUCGUUGACGAGGCAUCCCAAAUAACGCUACCGGUGUGUCUGGGACCUAUCCGGAUGGCAAAGACGUUUAUUCUCGUUGGGGACCACUAUCAACUUCCCCCACUGGUGCAAAACAAGGAGGCACAGGCAGGUGGACUUGACGUCAGUCUGUUCAAGCUACUAUCCGAUACGCACCCCUCGUCGGUGAUAAACCUUGAACAUCAAUAUCGAAUGUGUGAGGACAUCAUGCUCCUCUCAAACACCUUGAUCUACUCAGGUCGCUUGAAGUGCGGCACCCCAGAAGUUGCUGCGCGCUCUUUGGAGAUUCCCAACAUUGGAGGUCUCAAGCAGCACCACCUUAACGGCUUCUCUCAAACAAGUCAGAGCCGCCAAUUAUGUUUGGGAACAGGCCAAGGCCGCUGCUGGCUACGUGACCUGGUUGAUCCCUCAACCAAAACUUGCCUCGUCAACACUGAUACGCUUGGGACAGCCGCUCGUGAUGUUGUCAACGGGUCGCGGAUAGUGAACCCUAUCGAGGCAACCCUAUGCAGUCAACUUGUAGAGGCACUUAUAUCGUGCGGCAUUCCGGCGCGUAGUAUCGGUGUCAUCACAUUCUACCGCAGUCAACUCUCACUCCUCAAACAGAACCUCCGACACCAUCUUCCAGAGCUUGAAAUGCACACUGCAGACAAAUUCCAAGGGCGAGACAAGGAAGUUAUCAUCUUAAGCUGCGUACGAAGCAACCAGGAGAACUAUGUCGGCGACUUAUUGAGUGACUGGCGCCGAGUCAACGUUGCCUUCACACGAGCACGCACCAAACUCCUCGUCUUAGGAAGCAAGAACACCCUCCGCAACGGGAAUGAGCUUCUAGGAAAAUACGUGAAGCUGAUAGAGCAGCGAGGCUGGACUUAUGACCUGCCAAAAAGCGCCGUGGAAAAUCACAUAUUCGACGACGUCCCUCUUUCAACGUACGACCACUUCACGCCCAGUCCCAAAAAGAGUCCCUCGGUGAAGAAGACGCCUCGCAAUCCAUUGAGCCCUGUUCAGGGACGCCAAUCAUCGUCGGGGCUCAAAAAGCCCGCGAAGAAGGGACUGAAGAUCUUGAGUGGUCAAAAGAUUCUCGGGAAUAAGCCUGUGUUACAAGAUGUGGUUAACGAUCUUGUGGGAUGA